CCGUUUUCGUUGCUCUCUCUCUCUCUCUCUCUCUCUCUCUCUCCAUUCUCUACAAAGCCCCAUGUCGUCUCGUUCUCUCCUCCAUUAUCCUCUUCUCCAUGUCGUCUCAUGCUCAGAUCCCCAUUAAAGCUUUCAAACCCACAUAUGAUUCCGAACGUUUAAACCCCAUUAAAGCUUCUGAACCCUAACCCCGUCGUCUCCGUGAUUUGUCGUCGAGGUCAACAUUAUUUUUCUCAAUCACUGACUUGAGGGAUUGCUGAUCUCACAUUGAUAUAGAUUGCCACAAAAAUCAACAAUGCAUCUGGAACUUGUCAUCCCGAAAGAAUUGCAUGGAAGAGCAGCCCUACAAGAGCUUGUCCCAAUUGCCAGUUUACAAUUGACAACGAUUAGGAUGUCAUCGUCAGUUUCUUCAUCUUCUCUUGCUAAUCAUACUUUGAGGAACAACCCAAUGUGCACUUGUGGGAAGCCCGCUUCACUUAGAACAUCGAAUACGCCACCAAAUUCGUGGCGAUCAUUAUUUGGGUGUCCAAAAGGUUACCACACUUCAGCUAUUUCAAAUGAGUCGAUAACAGUGAGGAAAGAGAAAAAAGAAUUUGUGAAGAUAGAAAUUGAGUUGUUAAGAAAAGAUGAAGAGCUUCGAAAAAGAGAAGAAGAGAUUGCAAAGAGGGAGUUGGGAGUCCACAACGACCAAGUCGAUAUUCAAAGGCAACAAGCAGACAUCCGGCGUGAACGCACACUUCUUCGUAUCUAUUGGGUCAUUUCGAUAUGAAUUUCAUUGUACUUAAUACGAUCACAGUGAAUACCCUUUGAACGGAAACUUUGUAAUCUCAACCAACUGGACGUAGUCACAACUAUUUUGAGUUGUUGGAUGGGUGAAACACCGCUAUGGUCAUGUAUAUAUAGAUUUCAAUGCUUGGAUAAUUUUCAACUUUCAUUUCCUUGUGAAAGGGUCUUAAAACAGGGGAAUGUAUUUAGUUAUA